AUGGCGAUACAAGAUUUUCCCACUCUGAGUUCACUCGAUUCUGGAUUCGCUAACAAUUGGUUUCUCAAAUAUCCGGCGUCGCAAUUUCACGGUGGUGAGUCUCGAUUCCUCCCUCUCACCUCUUCUCAUACCAGGCGUCUAUGUCUUCCAUUGGGAAGUAACUUUUGCAGAAAGUUGCAGAGUUGGUACCAAGACAUCCGGAGAGAGUGA